AACCCCUCUACAGACUAUAUAUGUCUUCUAUUCUUGGUAAUAUUGCUUCAAAGCAGACGAGCCUAAACAACAAAUAAAAAUGGGAGAUGAUGUAGCAAAAGAUUCUUCUGCUAAGAGUAUGGAUUACUCAUGGGUGCUUGCCCUCCCAGCCCCUUCUUUGUCACGGUCUGUAAGGCCUCCACAGCCUAAAGAGAAGAAACCUCGUGUCAAUGAAAAAAAGCAUGAAGAAACACAUUGGAAUACCCUGACUAUCAAUCAAGGACAGGAUAUUGGAGAGGAAGUUCUGACUUAUUUUCGGAACAGAACCAAGUCCGAAAAUUCCAAUGGCCACGCAUGGAUGGGCAAGAUCAUCUCAUCUGUUGGUUUUGUUAUGCACCCGAUAUUGAAUAGAGAAAAUUCACCAUCUUCUGAUAAGGGUUCAUAUGAUAUAACAAGUCUUAAGGGAAGUUAUAUUAUAUCUGAAGAUGGUCAAGUGCAGCAGUCUGGACCACUGACUAUAUUGUGUGCUGGUCCAAGUAAUGAUAUUAUUGGAGGUGCAGUUAUUGGCCGUCUGAUUGCAGCAGGGGAUGUCGAGGUUACGGUUACUGCUUUUCAUAUACCCAGUUAAGAUGAAGAAAUGAAGAAAAAGUUUGAAGGGUAGCAAGCACAUUUAGCUUGCUACUGAUGUUGUUUCCUAUUAUACUUUUGAAGCAAAAAUGAAUUGGCUACAUGUUCUCUUGACAUUGAUCAAGAUAGUGCAACUGAUGUAAUAAUUUAUGGAAAACCUUAAAACUUGUUUUG